GGAGGAUGAGAGAGGACGAGGGGCCACACAGAGAGUUCCCUGUGUUGGAGGAAGAACGACGGACUGAAUGUCAACAGGCGGCGUGGGUCGAUCAGCAAACCAACCACCAGAGAGAAGGAGACGGAGAAAGAGGGAGAGAGGGAGACGGAGUGAUAAAGGAGGAGAGGGGUAUUAACGGGAGAGAGGGAGAGCAACAGAAGUGCAUGGACGGCAGCAGGCCUGUGGAGAUGCUCUGAGGAUCUGGGCCAAGUGAUAGAGGCCGGAGCAGCCAGCAGGCAGGCGCAAAGACUCAGCUGACAGGAGGAAAUUCCUUCGGCUAUACAGGGACGUGUCUGGGACACCUCCGCUGUGUGUGCAUGCCGGGACAAUCCAGCGUUGAUGGGAAUAAUACGAAUAAUGUUUUGAAGCGGCGUAGAGGAACGGAAUGGAGGAACAGGACAGAGUAAGCCAAGCGUCCAGCGUGGUCACCGUUUCUUCCUUCCCUGUGAAAAAAGGCGGCAGGGACAAACUGCAGACGUUUGGCAAACGGUGGAGGUCCGCCAAGAGGGACCCCAACUGUGCCGUGGUCAUCAGAGGAUGGCUCAAUAAGAAGGACAGCUCUGGGUUGAAGCUGUGGAAGAGGAGAUGGUUUGUCCUGUCAGAUUACUGUCUGUUCUACUACAAAGACAGCAGAGAAGAAUCGGUGCUGGGCAGCAUACCGCUGCCGAGCUACCACAUCCUGUUCUGCUCACCACGGGAAUGCAAGAACAGGAAGUACACCUUCAAGGUGGUGCACCAGGGGAUGCGCUCCUACUUCUUUAGCGCCGACACUCAGGAGGACAUGUUGGGUUGGGUCCGAGCCCUCAGCCAGUCGGCUGCCAUGGAGCCAGACAGCAUCAGCAGGCGUUGCUCGAGCUAUCAAGACUUCACUCAGAUAGGCAGCAGCAGCGAGUCGGUGGUGCUCCCCCGCUCCCCCUCUGUGGAAGAUGGUCUCUCCCAACGCCACAGGCACGUCAGCAGGACUCUGAGCGAACCAAGUCAUCUCACAGGGGGGAGGGCAGGGGUGGAGCAGAGGAGCCGACGGAUUCUUCAUCGCAGCCCCUCGCCGAGCACACCGAGUCCACCGGAGUUCGACAGGAGACGGGGCUGUGGUCCACACCUGGAGGAGGACUACCACCACUACACCUCUGGGCGCAACACCCCGUCCAAGCACAUAGAGUUCACCGCUGCGGGAUCUUUGACCCCGCGAGGCCAGCUGGGGUCACGACCUCACACACCAGUGGGGAGGGUUGACAUCCGACCCCAGGAUGACCCUGUGAUGAUGCCGCAGACGCUGUGCUAUGGCCCGGCGUCGCCCAAACUGGAGUUCAAAGCCACCCCGGGCAUGGAGAGAUGGCAAAACAUAAGCAAGCCAGUGCCUACUUAUGGCUCCGUCCAUCAUAUGGCAGGUGGACGAAGACCUCUGGGAAAGAGCUACUCCACAGGGGCAAACACAGACUUACUGCCCCCUUUGCCCCCAUCAACAAGAGCCCCCCACGCGCCUCACCCCCCACACCACCACCAUCACCACCACCACCACCAUCGCAGCCAUUUGUCUGUCUGUGUGCUACCGGCAGCUCUGCCUCCGAAGCCAGACCCCAGAGACACCCCACCAAUCAGACCUCUGGAGAGCGACGCCGAUGCAGUGCUGACCCGGCUGUGUGGCUGUGACAAACUUCUGCAGGCUCUUUCUGUUGAGCUGGCCCAGCUACAGGUGGACAAGGACAGCAUCCAGUGUGCACUGGAGAUGACCAGGCUGCAGCUGGAGGACAGCCAGAACCAGACUGCCCGCGCCCAGGAAGCAGUGCUUACCCAGAAGGCUUUGCUUCAGGAAGAGCUGGUCACCAUUCGGGCCAGGAUGUGUGACGUGUCACUGGAAAUGGAGAGGGUUUGGAGUCAGUAUGAGAGGAUGGAGAGUGAACUGUCGGUGAUCCGGUCACAGCUUCAGCAUAUCUGCAACUUUGGCAUGCCGCAGGAGCAGUCUCAGGCCCAGAGAGAGUUGUGGAUGAUGGAGGAUAUUCUGGCUGGUCUGAAGGUCAACAGAGAUCACUUUCACCUCCUGCUGAGCCUUCAGAGACACCAAAUCCCUCCUUCCCAUCUCUCAGGCUCUCCAACGGAGGGGCAACAGAGCGGACUGCCAAUGGGGGUGGAGCAAGAUCCACCGGCCCGCCCACCUUUACCUCAGGACCUGCUGGAGACCGAUCAGAGCAGAGAUCAGGGUCAUGGGUGGAUGGACCUAACAUAUGAGGGCGUCUACAGCGACGCCGUGGAUCCUCUGCACAGAAGAGUGAACAGCCAGCCGGAACUUCUCAAAGAGAGAAAACGGAGAGACACGUCCGAGUCUCGGUCUAGUUCUAGAUGGACUACACCAGAUACAACCAUUCAGUCAACUAAGAAGGCGAAGAUGAGCGAAGGGGAGCAGAUGGAGAGGAUGAAGAGGAACCAGGACAGGCUAGCUCAUCGCAAGAAACCUCCUAUGCCCAGCGCCGCUGGAGCCCAGUAUGAAACUUCAGAGUUCAGAAAGGAGCAGGCACCGUUUCCCUUGCGUGUGACGCGAGUCGUCACAGCGGUGCUGCCAUCUUCCAUUGUGGCACGACGGGUGUCUGUAGAGGACCCGCCACCUGAGCUGGCCAUGCCACUGCCUGAGCAAAUUCCACCAGAAAUGCAACGGAGGUUAAUCGCGGACCAGAACAAACCAAUUCUCAGCAAAUCGCCCAGAUGGCCGCUGGCAGAAGCUCAUGAUCAGAACCGGUUCCUGGAUCAGCCCGCCAAAAGGUUGAACAAGGCCCAGCGGGAUCUGGUGUCCGAGGGUCACGGGUCGAACGUGUAUGACCCCAGCAAGAGGAGACAGCAGCAUCAAAACACGCCAAGGACCACCAGGGAAGAUCCCUGGCUAGAACUCAGCCAGACAGGGCAGAGGGAGAACCCAAGGGCCCGAGUUUAUGACCCAGCAGGUCUAGAAGAUGGGAGGGAACCUUCAGAUCUCAGGGCUGAAGGAAGGACCGCUGUAGCCAUGACCUCUGACCCGGACCCUGAUCUCUGUUUGACCCUGGAGCAGCGGGAGGCCAAACUCAGACGGGUGGAGCGCAUAAGGCAGAGAGUCAUUAAGAGUGCAGUCAGAGAGAGUGCCAUGGCACCUGGACACCUGUCAGUCACGAAGGAGGGGCAGGAAUACCACCGGGUGCCCCCUACCCCAACCAGUGACACUUCUGAAAAGUGUCGGCCGACAUCCGAUUCUGAAAUUCAAAACAGUUAUGGAGGUUGCCAUGAUGACUGCAUCAGCAGUCCUCCACAUUGUGUACCUGCAGAACUUAAAACCUCCGGUGGAAUAUCUCAGGAUGAAGACGAAGAAGAUGAAGAAGGAGAAGAAGAAGAACAAGGAGGCGAGCGUAAGAACAGACCCAAAAGUCAUUUAGAGAGCAAAACACAACACAAGGAUUAUGGUGUGGUGAAAGGCGUCUUCAAACGAAGGAUCAAAUCUCCAUCCUCAUCCUCUCACACCACAACCAUGACGGUGUCCCAGAAAGAUGGGGUUGAAGGGUUUCAUGUGAGUCACGAGGGAGGACGGGAGGAAGAACUUGACGAGCUGAUGAACAAAUGCGGCGAAAGCAGCGAGUCAUCUGCAAAUCUGAGAACCAAGUGGUUCCUUUCUACCAAUCAGUGGCAGGGGCUCAUGCCAUUGCAGAGCCAUGGCACAGAGCCGCUCCUGUGUGACGACCGGACUCCCGACAUCUACAACCAACCAGAAGUUCACGGUCUGGGAACCGAUGAUUCAAACGACAUCUCCUCAGCUGUCAGUCAAAGUUUGGAGAAAAUGAAAGAGAACCACUCCCUCUUCUACAAGAUUGCAUGUGACAUCACUAUCUCAGACACAGAUAUUACAAAAAAUGAUGGGAACGCCAGUGUCCAAAUGCUGUCCGGGGCAGGCGAGGGAAUGGCGUCACUAAAUGCUGACUCAACAGCAGAUGAAGGGAUGUGUCAUGUUGUGAAAUCGUCUGACGAACCGAUCCGACAGUCUUCUCCCUCCAUGUCCCCUGAAAGUGUCAGUGCUUUAUCACAGAACAUUGUCGACGACCUCUCAACAGGUAGCAGUCCCAAUGAUCCAUCAGUAGCACGUCAGGACACACAAACAACCGUCACCGACACAGGGUCACCAAAUACCUCAGUAAAAGCAGCGACAGAGCUGUGUACCAAUGAAGAAAUCCCUGAUGAAGGAACGGACAAGGACGAGCCAGGGUGUAAGGCCCUGUUGAAAAUUGAGGAAACCACUCAUGGAGGAUCUGAAGAGGGAACCAGAUCUGAUCAGGAUCCAGAAAGAAUCGUCCACACGAUAGAGGAAUACAGGGAGACAAAAGAACCAGGUGAGCAGAAGGUGGACCGAGGGGAAUCUGAGGCGUUGAAGAUGGCCUCUAGUUUAUGUUGCCAGAAUGAAAGGGCUGUCCAAGAUGGAGGCAAAAUCAACUCUGUGACUAAAUCCAACUCUUGUUAUGAGGGUGAGGGAGGAAGGCCAAUUCGGAGUGCCUCUUUUGGAAAGGCCAGGGUUACUGUAUUAAGGACAAGUUUGUAGAACAAGAAAGCUAAUGGGGGACGUAGGAAGCAUAAAUGAACUUGUGAAGGACAACGGCACCUUCGAGUGGUUCAUAUGAGGGAGGAAAAUGCCUAAUGAGGGAAACUUGAGGGGAUGCACGGACUGAAGUCGGAAUUAGAGAUGGUGCAAACCUGAACGAAAGGUUGGAGCAGAACUCGGGUUGGACAUAUUCACUAUCGAAGGCAUACUUGAACAUUUCCAAAAUUACUGGUAAUUUUAAAAUAAAACAAAUAGUCGAGGUAAUUCCUAAUAUGAAUACUGUUAUUCCAGUUGGAGUCAGCUCAGAUGCCCAAAUAUGGAGGUUAAUAUCUUCAUUCCAACCCAUUUAAUAUACUACAUCUAACCCAAACUAAAACGAGUUAUUAAGGACAGAUUGGUUGUCGGUGGACGGCAGAAGAACCCUUUUUAUUUUCACUGUACCGGUGUUGAACUGUGCUUGUGUUUUGUUUCUCAGAUGUCGUGAUUAAUAAAUAUUAUGUGUGUCUGACAAAGCUGUCUGACGCUUCAGUCAUUAAGCUCACUUGACACCAGGGAUGCUUACACUACCCACCACCAUGGGUGUGUGGGUGGGGGAGAGGGGGCAUGUUUAACCCUUGUAUGGUGUUCGUGUUUUUGUUCGCGGGUCUGGUGGACCCACAA